AUGAGAAUUCCAUUCUUUUCAUGGCUCUUUUUGCUGCCCAUCUGCACACUUUUCCUCAACUUCGGUGUCUUUGUGGUGUCUCACCAAUGUUUGGGCAAUCAGCGGUUCUUGUUGCUCGAAUUGAAGAACAACCUGAAAUUCAAUUCUACUAUGUCCACUAAACUUGCUAAGUGGGACCAAAGUAUCGAUUGCUGUUCUUGGGAAGGCAUAACUUGCAACGAGGGACAUGUUAUUGGUCUUGACUUGACCAACGAAUCCAUCUCAGGUGGACUUGACAAUUCAAGCAGCCUCUUCAGUCUUCAGCAUCUCCAGAGCCUGAGUUUGGCUUUUAACGACUUCAACAAUUCUCAGAUUCCAUCAGAGUUUGAAAGGCUGGCGAAUAUGAGUUAUUUGAAUCUAUCAAACGCUCACUUUGCCGGGCAGAUUCCUAUUGCGAUUUCACGCCUGACAAGGUUGGUUACUCUUGAUUUAUCUACUACUACUUAUUACUCUCUGCUGAAACUUGAGAAUCCAAAUUUAAAUGUGCUCCUUCACAACCUUUCGAAGCUUGUGGAACUUUAUCUUGAUGGUGUAUCAAUAUCAGCACAAGGUUAUGAGUGGUGUCAAGCUUUAUCAUCUUCACUGCCAAAUUUAAGAGUGUUGAGCUUGUCAUAUUGCAAUCUUUCAGGCCCUUUUGAUUCCUCCUUACGGAAUCUUCAAUCCCUCUCAUUUAUUCGUUUGUCCCGUAACAAUUUUUCUGCUCCAGUUCCAGAAUUUUUUGCAAAUUUCAAAAAUUUGACAUCCUUAUAUUUUGCUGGUUCUGGUUUGAAUGGAGAAUUUCCGAAAAAGAUCUUCCAGGUUCCAACGCUACAAACACUUGUCUUGUCAUAUAACGAACUACUUGAAGUUUCUUUGCCAGAAUUUUAUCCAAAUGGAUCUCUUCGAACCAUGAUGCUUGAAUAUACAAAUGCUUCUGGUUCAUUACCACCUUCUAUCGGUAACCUUAAAAUGUUGUCAACAGUAUAUCUUAGGGGAUGCAAUUUCAUCGGAUCAAUUCCAGACUCAAAAAUUGCAAACCUCACACAAUUGGUCUUUUUGGACCUGUCAUACAACAAAUUCAGUGGAUCAAUUCCAGACUCAAUUGCGAGCCUCACACAAUUGGUCUUUUUGGACCUGUCAGAGAACAAUUUUAGUGGAUCAAUUCCAGACUCAAUUGCGAGCCUCACACAAUUGGUCUUUUUGGACCUGUUAGAGAACAAUUUUAGUGGAUCAAUUCCAGACUCAAUUGCGAGCCUCACAAAAUUGCAAUAUUUGAUCCUGUCAUACAACAAUUUCAGUGGAUCAAUUCCAGACUCAACAUUUGCGAGCCUCACACAAUUGGUCUCUUUGGACCUGUCAGAGAACAAUUUUAGUGGAUCAAUUCCAAACUCAAUUGCGAGCCUCACAAAAUUGCAAGAUUUGUUCCUGUCAUACAACAAUUUCAGUGGAUCAAUUCCAAUUUUCAGCAUGUGCAAGAAUCUGAGGGAAGUACGGCUCAAUAAUAAUCAUUUGUCUGGUCAAAUUACUUCCACUCAGUGGGAAGAACUUUUGAAUCUAUAUUCUCUUAACUUGAUGGGCAAUUCACUUAAUGGAAAUAUUCCAGUUUCUCUAUUUUCCCUUCCAACAUUGCACAAGUUAGAUCUUUCGCACAACCAAUUUUCUGGUCAGCUAAAAGAAUUUUCGAAUGUUUCUUCUUACCAGUUGAAAGAAAUUCCUGAUUUCUUGAGAAAACAAUCAAGUUUAAGAUAUCUAGACCUUUCAUACAAUCAAAUUCAUGGAGAGAUCCCCAUAUCAAUAUGCAAUGCUAUAGAACUUGAAGUUCUAGAUCUGUCUAAUAAUUCCUACUUUGGCACAAUUCCCCAAUGCUUGAUUGAGCUGAGUGGCAAAGCACUUGUGGUGCUGAAUCUAAGGACAAACAACUUUAAUGGCACAAUUCCCGAUGCAUUUCCACAUAAUUGUCGUUUACAAACUUUAGCUCUCAAUAAAAACCAACUAAAAGGAGGGUUACCAAAAUCUUUGUCAAAUUGCAUUGGGUUAGAGGUCUUGGACAUCGGGAACAACCACAUCAAGGGUACCUUCCCAUUUUACUUGAAGAACACAUCUAAGUUGAGGAUUCUUGUUCUGCGAUCUAACAAAUUUUACGGGCCCAUUACUCAUCCAAAGCCUAAUGCCACCUGGCCGAUGCUUCAAAUUAUUGACGUGGCUUCAAACAAUUUUAUUGGUAACCUUCCAAUAAUACUUCUUUCUACUUGGAUGGCAAUGGUGGAUCGUGCACAUGAGACCGAAUCAAUGCCCAGUGACCUCCGAACUAAUGUGAAUAGUUAUUAUCAUCAAGAAACGGUAACAGUUACCAUCAAAGGUUUAGAGAUGGAGCUGGUGAAGAUCCUAACCAUCUUCACCACUAUUGACUUUUCUUGCAAUGGCUUUGACGGUCCUAUCCCUGAAGAAAUCGGAGAACUCAAAGCACUAUAUAUUCUCAACUUGUCUCAUAAUGCUUUCACGGGCCAAAUUCCAUCAUCUUUAGGAAAUUUGAGUAAACUGGAGUCACUGGACCUAUCAAGCAACGAGCUUUCUGGUAAGAUUCCUGUGCAACUUGCCGAUGGUCUUAUUUUUCUCUCAGUUCUCAACCUUUCCUUCAAUCAUUUGGUGGGGCAAAUUCCAUCGAAUAAACAAUUUGCUACUUUUUCGGAAACUUCCUUCAAAGGGAACGAGGGAUUAUGUGGCUUCCCUUUAAAAUCACAAUGCACAUAUGAGAAGCCACGGUUGCCACCUCCAACACAUGAAGAUAAACAUUGGAAUUCUGGGAUUGAAAUUGAGUGGAAUUACAUAAGUGCUGAAUUGGGAUUAUUUUUGGCAUUGGAAUCGUCAUUGGGCCUCUUAUGUUUUGGAAGAGAUGGAGGAUAUGUUAUUACAAACAUGUUGACGACAUUCUUUUCAAGAGCUUCCCCAAAUUGUAUCUUAAAAUAGAAUACUAUCAAAGAUGCAGAUACAGAAAUCAAAGGCUGAGGCACUAGUCAAAGUUAUGAGGAGCAAUGUCUUCAGGUUUGUCAUGAUCAACUCUUGUCAUUUUGGUUAAUUUCACUAUUAAGCAAAAUAAAAAAUAAAUGGAUCCAUGUAAUUGGAUGCAAGUAUUGUGUUUAAGGUAUGAUAUUUGUAAUUGGCAAACUAUAUUAGUGAAGUACUUGUUUGAUAUUAGUGUUUAAGGAAUAUUUCAAUUAUCAUGUCAUGUGGAGCAAAAAUUGGCCAUGUUAUCACAUUUGCGUCGGUCAACUUAUGAAUUCCAUGACCAACGUUGUUUGAGAGCUGAAGUUCGUAUACUGUUGGGAGUGUUUGGAUACCAACGUACUUUUCUAACUCUCAGGAAGGAAAGUACGUUGUUUAAGGAAUAUUUCAAUUAAC